AUGAACUGCGUCACCUCCGACGAUCCGCCUGAUCCCCGUCUAUCGCUUCACUCAGAUCCCUCAGACUUGAGCGGCAACAAGUCGACGGGUGCCAACGACAACAACCACGCCGAGAAUCAUACUGGUGGCCCAGCCGACUUCCGCUCCACUCUAGCCAAACGACAGACAUCUCAAAAGUACGAGACAUCGGAAAAAGGUCGAGCCAAUCGGUGCCGCAUCAAAGCACGGCUGAAAGAGCGUCGAGACGUCGCCAGACAUCUGAAAGCGGCUGAGACAGCGCUGAGCAAGGCUUCGGAUCUCGGUCGCACGGCAGGGGAGGUUGAGCAGCUGCGAAAUACCAUUCAAUUUCUGCAAGCUCGAGCCACGGACCUGGCAGAACAAAAGGGGAAGCGCCGCUCUCGACCUCCCGAAUCGACAAACGACCCGGCAGGUCAGUCCCAGAAACGUCUGGCUCAGCUGGAAGCCAAGCGAGUACGGUCUCGCGAGCGUUACCGUGAGAAAAAGGAAAUGAUGGAGGCCGGGCAGGUUGGGACGAGGAAUGAAGGAAAGCUAUGCGACCCAGCCGGCAACCAUGAACUGAUCGUCGACAAUGGAGAUCACCCGUCCACUCAUCGACCACGUCUUUGA